AUGCUCCGAGCCUUUAGUCACACAAAUGGUAGGUGUGCGUUCCAUCAGGCUAAGUGUUGGCAUCAUCGUAAGUCUGUGCUGGCGAUCAGGAGAGAAGAUGUUAAUGCAUGGGAAAGGAGAGCACCUCUAGCACCAAAGCAUGUUAAGGAAUUGACGCAGAUGGGAUACAAGGUCUUGGUGCAGCCAUCAAACCGGAGAGCCAUCCAUGAAAAGGAUUACGUCAAAGCAGGUGGCAUUAUUCAAGAAGAUAUUUCUGAGGCUUCUCUGAUAGUAGGUGUGAAGAGACCUCCGGAGGACAAAUUAAUCCCUAAAAAGAACUAUGCCUUCUUCUCACACACUAUUAAAGCCCAAGAGGCAAACAUGCCCCUUUUGGAUGAGAUUCUAAGACAGGAAAUUCGACUGUUUGACUAUGAAAAAAUGGUUGAUCAUAAAGGAAUGCGAGUUGUGGCCUUUGGAAAGUGGGCUGGUGUAGCAGGAAUGAUCAACAUUCUACAUGGAUUGGGAUUACGAUUUUUAGCCUUGGGACAUCACACUCCCUUCAUGCACAUUGGGAUGGCACAUAACUACAGGAAUAGCAGUCAGGCUGUGCAAGCAGUACGGGAUGCUGGGUAUGAAAUUUCACUGGGAUUGAUGCCAAAGUCAGUUGGGCCCUUAACAUUUGUGUUUACAGGCACUGGUAAUGUUUCUAAGGGUGCUCAAGAAAUGUUCAAUGCUCUCCCAUGUGAGUUUGUGGAACCACAUGAGUUAAAGGAAGUUUCCAGAUCUGGAGACCUCAAAAAAGUCUAUGGGACAGUGUUAAGUCGUCACCAUCAUCUUGUAAGGAAACGUGAUGGACUAUAUGAUCCAGUAGACUAUGAUAAACAUCCAGAACUUUACACUUCUCGCUUUAACACUGAUAUUGCACCCUACACAACUUGUUUAAUUAAUGGCAUAUACUGGGAACAACAUACUCCUCGCUUGUUAAGUCGACAGGAUGCUCAGAAGCUGCUAGUGCCAGUUAGAUCUGCUGCUGGUCCAACGGAGGGCUGCCCUGAGCUACCACACAAACUUCUGGCAAUAUGUGACAUUUCAGCAGACACUGGAGGAUCUAUAGAAUUUAUGACGGAGUGUACAACAAUUGACAGUCCAUUUUGUAUGUAUGAUGCUGACCAGCAUAUUAUUCAUGACAGUGUUGAAGGCUCUGGGAUUCUGAUGUGUUCCAUUGACAAUCUGCCAGCACAGCUUCCUAUAGAAGCAACAGAGUACUUUGGAGAUCUGCUUUUCCCUUAUAUUGAAGAGAUGCUGCUAUCAGAAGGCUCAGAACCUCUUGAAAGCCAGAAUUACUCAUCUGUUGUUCGAGACGCAGUGAUUGCAUCCAAUGGCUCGCUGACAGCCAAGUAUGAAUAUAUCCAGAAAUUGAGGGAGAGCAGGGAACGUGCUGAGUCGCUGAAGAUGGGUAAUAAGAAGAGAGUUUUAUUGCUCGGAUCUGGCUAUGUUUCUGGCCCUGUACUUGAAUAUCUCACUAGAGAUUCCAACAUUGACAUCACAGUUGCAUCUGUCAUGAAGGAACAACUUGAACAACUGACGAAAAAAUACAGCAACGUUACUUCAGUUCAUAUGGAUGUCAUUAAGCACGAGGAAAAGCUGUCCACAUUGGUGAAGAAACAUGACCUUGUGAUCAGUUUGCUGCCUUAUUCAGCACAUCCUUUGGUUGCUAAGAAGUGUAUUGACAACAAAGUGAACUUGGUAACAGCCAGCUACUUAACACCAGCUAUGAAAGAACUCCAGGAGAGCGUAGAAGCUGCUGGUAUUACAGUUAUCAGCGAAAUGGGUUUGGAUCCUGGUCUUGACCAUAUGUUGGCAAUGGAAUGUAUUGACAAGGCAAAAGAAGUUGGUGCUACGGUUGUAUCCUACACUUCUUUCUGCGGUGGCCUACCAGCUCCAGAGCACUCUGACAAUCCUCUGAGAUACAAGUUCAGCUGGAGCCCACAAGGAGUGUUGCUGAAUACAGUUCAGUCUGCGACGUAUUUAAAAAAUGGAGAGAUUAUCAAUAUUCCGGCUGGAGGAGCAUUACUUGAUUCUGUUACUCCGAUGGACUUUUUCCCAGGAUUAAAUCUCGAAGGUUUUCCUAACAGAGACAGUACAAAAUAUGCUGAGCCAUAUGGUAUUCAGAAUGCUCACACUUUGUUGAGAGGCACCUUAAGAUACAAAGGAUACUCUAAGACUAUGGGAGGCUUUGUAAAACUAGGAUUAAUUAACCCAGAUCCUUAUCCUUUGCUAAGCUCAACCACACCACCUCUAACCUGGAAAGAGCUCAUGUGCAAACUGGUUGGAAUUAAGUCACCUGCUGAGUACCAUGUUCUUAAAGAAGCUGUAUUUAGCAAACUGGAAAAGGACAAAAGUCAGCUGGAGGCAGUGGAAUGGCUAGGUUUAUUGGGAGAUGAACCAGUUCCAGCAGCAGAUUCCAUUGUGGGGGCUCUUGCAAAGCACAUGGAGAUGAAGCUGCCCUUUGGCACUGGAGAGAGAGAUAUGAUUGUUAUGAGAAAUGAAAUAGGUCUCAGGCAUCCUUCUGGUCAUUUGGAAGACAAAUUUAUUGAUCUGGUUGUCUAUGGUGAUAACAAAGGAUAUUCUGCGAUGGCUAAAACAGUAGGAUAUCCCACGGCUAUUGCUGCUAAGAUGGUUCUAGAUGGUGAAAUAGAUGCCAAAGGUAUGGUUAUACCAUUGACAAAGAAUGUUUACGGACCAAUACUUGAGCGUGUUCGGGCCGAAGGCAUAGUGUACAGUACUCACAGCGUUAUCAAACAGUAA